AUGAUUAAUAUGUUGAAGAGGAAAUCGAGACUAGUAUUAAUUUGGACAUUAUUUAUAUCCCUGGUCAAUGCCACGGUAUCGGGAUCAUCGAGUGCCAAUGAGAUAAAUCAAACGCAGAAAAAACGUUUCCCGUAUACUGGUGGAGCAUUAUAUCCACAGGCCACAGAGACAAGGGACUUAAGAACAUUAGACGGCAUUUGGAACUUUAGAAAGUCCCCCUCAGAUCCCGAGUAUGGUUAUCGAAAUGGGUGGUACAAGCAAGAUCUUGAGAAGGAUGCUAACACAUUUCUAAAUCACAAAUCUCUUGAUGUUAAUAAAUACAAAGCAUUUAUUUCAGCCUUCACUAUCACCCGCAUGGGAAUAGUGAGAGGUGUUCCAUGUGAUUGGGAUGAGAAAGUUAUAAUGGAAAAUAUAGACCUUCCGCAGAACUGUGGAAGUAUUUUGAAAGUUCGGAGAUUAAACAGAAAGGUAUAUGACGGCGAAACGCCCAAGUUCAUUCCAACUGAGACUAUAGUUUUAACCUUUGAUGGGAAGGUGCUACCUCCCAGGAUCUUUAUAUGUUUCAACUUCCUAUCUGUAGAGCUUUAUAUUUACCCCACGCUGCAAUGCUUUAAUUGCUGUCGUUUUGGUCACACCAAAAUGCAAUGCAGAGGCUCUCCAAGGUGUUACAAUUGUGGAGACAACCAUUCAGGUAUAAGCUGCGAGACUGAAAGAGAUGAUGCUGUGUGUAUCUUAUGUUCUGGUUCCCAUUUCGCCACAGACAAAAAGUGUCCGGAGUACGCUAGGCAAAAAGCUAUAAAAGAAACAAUGGCUAGAAACUCUAUAUCUUAUUCAGAAGCCAGUAAAAUCCACCCACCAGUUUCAAAAUCUUAUGCUGACGUUAUUGCUUCUGCUUCAUUGGCCCCUUCUGGUCGAACUAUUACUUAUUCCAGCCCCUAUAAUUCAACAAGCCCUUCUAAGAGUCACACACAGUCAUAUAGGAAAACAGUAUUCUCGAAACCCAAAGCUCGUCCCAGAAAUACUAGUAAGGGAUAUGAUCAAAAAGCGCAUGCAGAGCUUAUCCAAGAUUACAGCAACAUUCCUUCCUCUUCUACAGGUUGUCUCAAAAAUUACAAAGAUCUAUCAGAAAUAAUAACAAAGGAUCUCAUCAUUUCUAUAAUUCAGUACCUUUCACAACAUAACCUAAUUAAAAUACCGUCCAACGAUGCUGCUUCUUCAAAAAGUUUUUUAACUCAUGGACAGUCAGGACCAUCCACGAAACCAGUCUCUGGCCCAGUAAUCAAGAUGCCAGUACCGUCGUCCUACAAUGACGUAGGUGAGGACGCUUCUCUGAGGGACCAUGUGGGCUUGGUGUGGUACGACCGGCGCUUCCACGUGCCGCCCUGGUGGCUGCAAAAUAGACAACGCGUGUGGCUGCGAUUCAGCAGCGUGCAUUAUGCGGCACAUGUGUGGGUGAAUGGGAAGUUGAUAGCGUACCACGAAAUCGGCCACCUGCCUUUCGAGGUGGAAAUUACAGACGCAGUGUAUCCAAAGGCGAGCAACUUGCUGACAGUGGUGGUGGACAAUACGCUACUUAACGACACUAUACCACAGGGAAUUAUCACGGACACUAUUACUGACGACGGCAAGGUUCGUCAGGAGCGGGCCUACAACUUCGACUUUUUCAACUACGCGGGCAUACAUCGCACAGUUUUCUUGUACUCAACACCGCAGCAAUAUAUUGAUGAUGUCAUAGUGAACACUGAUAUACAAGGAUUGACAGGAUUUGUCGUAUACAAUGUCACACACCAAGGAUCAAGCUUAGACAACGUGGAAUGCCUGGUACAAAUAUUUGACAAAAACGACUCACAAGUCGCAGCAUCGCACGACUGUGCCGGCCUCAUUGAAAUAGGCAACGCUAAUUUCUGGUGGCCUUAUUUGAUGCAUCCUUCUCCCGGUUAUUUGUACACAUUUAAGGCUAGCCUGACCGGUCCCAACGGUGAAAUAAUAGAUACGUACAACCUGAAAGUGGGCAUACGAACGGUUACCUGGAGCAACACCAGCGUGUACAUCAACGAUAAACCAAUAUAUCUCAGAGGUUUUGGCAUGCACGAAGAUUCAGAUUUCCGGGGUAAAGGUUGGGAUCCAGUACUCUGGGUGAAAAACUUCAACCUGAUCCGCUGGGUUGGCGCCAAUGUGUUCCGCACCUCGCACUAUCCAUACGCGGAAGAGAUCUACCAGCUAGCUGACGAACAGGGUAUUAUGAUCAUUGACGAGUGCCCUGGAGUUAGUACAGAAAUAUUCUCGAAGUCUCUGCUGGCAAAGCACAAGCAGUCGUUGACGGAGCUGAUUCGACGAGACAAGAACCACCCGUCUGUUGUCAUGUGGUCCAUCGCAAACGAACCCAAGUCCGCCGACAGUCUCGCUGACGCCUACUUCGGUGAAAUAGUUGAACACGUGAAAUCAAUGGAUCUGUCAAGACCAAUCACCAUUGCCAUUUCCGAGACCUACACCGAUGACCAAUCCGCAAAACACCUUGACGUGAUAAGCUUCAACCGCUACAACGGUUGGUACCUAGAGACGGGCUCUCUUACUUCCAUCACCAACAACGUGGUCGACGAAGCCACCGCGUGGCAUAUCAAGUACAACAAGCCUAUCAUUAUGUCCGAGUAUGGAGCUGACACUAUCGCCGGGCUGCAUCUGAUUCCGGAGUACGUGUGGUCGGAGGAGUUCCAGGUGGCGUUGAUGUCUGAGCACUUUAAAGCUUUCGACAAACUACGACAGGCUGGCUUCUUCGUGGGCGAAUUUAUUUGGAACUUCGCCGACUUUAAUACUGCACAGAUGAUAAUUCGUGUUGGUGGAAAUAAAAAGGGCAUUUUCACACGAUCGAGACAACCCAAAGCUUCAGCGCAUCACUUGAGAGCGCGCUAUCUCGCUGUCGCAGCUUCUGAUGCCGGCACUGCACCUCCAGACUCACUUUACAUAUCAGACUACAAAUCGGCUCAUCAUGAAGAGUUAUAG